UUAUGUCAUUCACCCACGUGCUAACCUUUCCCCUAGUUUGACAGUCGGCACUGCAAUUUUGAUAGACGCUUCGUUGACAAAGAACAUUCAAAAGUUUAAAAGCCUACCAAAGUAAUACAGGUCCCGGUUCGAGGAUGUGGACGACCACUAUAGCACGAUGUUCCCUGCCGACCAUGCUCAAGCGAAGCUCCGUCUUGGCCUGCUAUGACUUGAGUGCUGGGGGUAGGCCUGGUUGGGCAGCUGCCAUCUCCUCAUCUCCUUCUCUUCACCUGACCUGGAGGCAGCUCCGUGGGCACGGGACCCAGGCACCCUCCCCGCUCCCUUCCAACGCCCUAGGGGACAGCCCUGGGGUGAGGCAGGUCCGGGCCCUGGAGCAGGAAAGGCUGCUGGAGGUUGAGUGGGAGGGUAGCGGACAGAGCCUGUACCCGUACACAUGGCUUAGGGACAACUGUCAAUGCCCACUUUGUACCCUGCAGUCAGCCCAGGCUCGCAGCCUGCUGCUCUCCCAGCUGGACAUCCACACUGGGGUCGACCGGGUGCAGGUUACUGACAACAACAAGGUGUCCAUAGUGUGGCCGGACCAGCACACCAGCGAGUUUGACCCAGAAUGGCUGAGGAAACGGUGCUUCUCUCCUGCUGCCAGACAAGCUCUACAAGAGGAGCUCUUCCUAAACGAGCGUACGUACUGGGACUCAGAGCUGCGAAUCCCCACGGCCAACUUCGAGGAGGUCCUCCACGACGACAAGGCCGCCCUGGCCUGGCUGCUGGCUCUACGCCGCGUGGGCAUUGUCUACCUGAAGGGGGCGCCGGUGGAGCAGGGUCAGGUGGCCCGACUCAGCCAGAGGAUCGGAUACCUCCGACUGACGUUCUAUGGGCACACAUGGCAGGUGCAGGACAAAUCCCAGGCUAACAACGUGGCCUACACCUCUGGCAAACUCAGUCUCCACACUGACUAUCCAGCACUGCACUACCCACCUGGAGUGCAGUUCCUGCAUUGCCUGAGCCAGGCUGGCGAGGGCGGGGAGAGUGAAGCGGUGGACGGCUUCCACAUGGCAGAUCAGCUGAGGAGAGAAGACCCCGAGGCCUUCAGGACCCUCACCUCCCUGCGGGUGGACUUCACCGACACAGGGUCCGACUACUGCGACUUCAUGGUGCAGUCCAAGAACCACAUCAUAGAUGUUGACAGUGAUGGGCGGGUGGUCCGGAUCAACUACAAUAAUGCCACCAGGGACUCUGUGCUGGACCUCCCCCUGCACCAGGUCCAGGCCUUCUACAGCUCCCUCAAGGCCUACGUCCAGCUGAUGAUGCGACCAGAAAACAUGCUCACCUACAAGAUGGAGCCUGGCGACCUGGUCACCUUUGACAACUGGCGCCUGCUCCAUGGGCGGAAGAGCUUUCAGAGCCACCCAGACCGGAUGAGACACCUGGAGGGAGCCUACCUGGACUGGGACGAAGUCAUGUCUCGCCUGCGGAUACUCUUCAAGUCUGUCCACGGAGAGAGCUAGACCCGCCAAUCCCCCAGAACAAAGCCUCCUCCAAAUAUAUAGAACCGCGUCAAUCUACAUCAGGGCUCUCCAACCCUAAUCUAGUGCACCUAAUUCUAAUAAUUAGCUCAUUGAUAAGCUGAAUGAAUCAGUUUAGUUGCAACUGGGAGUGAAACCCUCCUGUAGGUUAUCUCUCCAGGAACAGGGUUGGAGAGCCCUGAUCUACAUAAUUUAUGAGCGGCCAAAAGAGGCAGAGUCUAAUUGUCUAGCGGGCUACCGCUACUCGUGUGUGGGUCAAGAUGGCUGCCAGUCUUUUGAACAGAGUGACAUGUGGGCAAAGUGCAAGAAGAUGGGGGAAAAGGGUUGAGCACUUCCCUAAAUGAUAAACACUCCCCUUUAUAAGUAGCAUACCUACGAAGAAUCUGUCUUUAACUGUAUGAAGCUGGUAGACUAUAGUGCCUUUGUUCCUAGGGUUGUGUAAGCAAACAUAUUGAGCUAUUUUUCUAAUCGGCCUGUGUUCUGCUGGUCAAAAUGUUGUAGCACUUUACAUCAACUUCUCAAUGUCUUAAGGGUGUCAUAUCAACAAGAGGUGAUGAAGUUUUUGACAUUUUCUACCUCUUGUAUCCAGUAGUAUAGUUCAGUUUCAGCCAUCUAACCUUAAGGAAAAAAAUUGUGUAUAGCACUUGUAUCAGCCCCAGAAAUCAAUCCUUUUUUUAGUAACUCUCUUUACAAUAACUCUCCAUAUGUAAAAUGUAUGCACAUGCACGUUUGGAUUAAAGCAUCUGCUAAGGGAUUAA